AAAAAGUUAUAAAAGAAAAUGAAUACUGGCUUAGCGAAAAGACUAAAGAAACAGUUGAGGGUUAAUCGGAUGGAUUUCACCCUUAUUCCCCAAUUAAAAAGGAAAAACAGGUCACCUAUUCCUAAGACUAUUGGUAACCUUAAAGCGAUGAAAGCACAACCAAACCGGAGGUUUAUUUCUCCAGUAGCACAAGUUCAUAUGGCAAUGGUAUUAAACAAGAUGAAAGAGAAACAAUCCUCGAAGAGACGAAGAAAUAUUAGAGGAAGAGGGAAAACUAAAAUGGAAUUUAGCAAACGAAAGAGUCCUAUUUUUAAUACUUUUCAUCAGCGGCCAGAGAAGAAAGUGCUGUCUAACCCUGGAAGCAGCAGGAAACUAAAGAACAACUCAGGCGCAAAGUUAAAAUAAUGUGAAUAUCAUGAAGCCUUCUAGUCAGAGAAAGACUACUAUGCUUACACUAGUUAAGGGCUCGGAUCAGAGGGACAUAGGUACUUUGGGUACCAAAAUAUCUCCAACCUCAGAAACUCAGUUGAAUAAAACGAAUAUUUCACAGAAUAAAGAAAGAAAAUCAAAUGCCAACCCUUUUGCAAACUAUCACUCCUUUCUGGACCAGAAGUUACCCGAAAAUCGAUAUGAUUCGAGGAGAAAUGUAUCAAGAAAUGACUCUAAUUUGUCAAACACCACAAAAAAUUUGUAUAUCAUGCUCAAUGGACGAGCUUCAGAGACCUCAGACAGAAACCUUGAAGAAGAGUCUCAAAGAUCAGACUCGAAACAGUCUGAUAGAAACCAUCUGCAAGAUCCUUCACCUGGAGGUAUGAAGAUGAGGAAGUUUAAAAAGGCUCGUAUGGAGUCUUUUCAGCUAGAUAUUAUCAAAGAGAUGCCUCCUAAGAAGCAAUCGAAGAUAAUUAUUCCUCCUCAUGCACUCAGGAAGAGUGGAUUAAAGAGCCCAGGAAAAAUAAUUGGCUCUCCUAACGAUAUAAUACAAUACAUAGGGCCAAGUCCCAAUCCUUCUACAAAGAAACAGAAGUUUACGUUCAAAUUCUAGUCUUUAGACAUUUCUAUAAUCAUUAAUUCUCAACAUA